AUGACAGAAAACUUGCAGGUCGUUUGCACAGGGAGGGGGACGCGUGUCUUCCGGGGGGGUUACGGAGCCACCAGCCGGCAGAUGGGUGUCGAACUGUUAUUUGCUGUGCUGCGAGAUCGGGUCGCUGGUAAAUUACAGAAAUCAGACGCUCCUUCUUCCUUCACCAGCCCUCCCCUCGUUCUCUCUCCUUCCUCUCUGGUGUUUUAUUUGCGAAUGUAUGAAAACUUGCAUGGCUGGAUCCGGCAUAGGAGGUUUUUGAGAAACAGAAAAAAAAAUCCCCAAAACCAACGCGCAUUUUUUUUUUUUUUGCCAGGGAGGUGGGGUGAGCAAAACAGAAACGUCUCGUUAAUCCUGGGAUCUGGAAAGCAGGAGGAGGUUUGCGUUCGGAAUAUCUCUGUGAACAAUCCGCUGCCGCUGAAUGAGGAAGGUAAAAUGAAACGAUGCAAAAAGAAGCUGAGACAACAUGUACGACAGAGAGCGGGGGGGGGGAGGAGAGCGAGCGGAGAGCCAUAGGCAAGCUAUUCUCUCCCUUCACCCCCCCCCAUCCAGCGCUUUCCUUUUCUGUCGUGGUGGUGGGGAGGGGGCCGGAAAGAAAGCGCCCUGGCGGGUUGUGGGGGGGAUCUGGGAGAGAGUUAAAGCAAAUACCCGGUUCGCGGCCACUCUUGUUGCGAGCUGCGUUUGGUCUUCUGGGGUUAUUUCCGUUUCUCUCCCCCCCCCCUUCCCGCCGCCGCCGUCCCCAGCACCCCGAAAAGUGCGAGGGGGGGAAAUUAGCGACUUCUCGCGGGUGGAUCUUGUCGGAAAGUUUGUCAAGAGAGAGAGGCGAGCGUGGUGGUGGGGGAGCAGGCUGCCGCGGAGGAUGGUCACUUGGCCUGGGGCUCUGAAACCAUUGCCUGUCCUGCUCAUGACACGUUCAGAUCCCCGGCUCCGUGCACGGGUGAGGCCGAGGGGGGCAGCUUGCCACCCACCCAGACACCCACUCUCUUGGUCUGGUCCCCCCCUUCUUCGCCCCUAACACGCUGGAGAUGGAGCAACCACAAGGAUUCUGGGCUUCCAUGUGGCUCCAGCAGCAGCAGCAGCAGCAGCAGCACCUCCUCUUUCCCGGUGGCAGCAGCCGCGGGAUCAUAGCUCGGGCCCGCGGGGAGGAGGAGGGGAGCAGUGGCGGCGGCGGCAGCAGCAGCAGCAGCAGGGAGGUGUUUGCUGCCAGUCUGAUUCACCGAAUCUCGCUGGGGAGGCAAAGGGUGUGGAGGAGGAGGAGUGGGGGGAGAUCCGGCAGCAGCCCCCCACUUCCCCCGGCGCCCGCUUCUCCGGCUGCCUUCUUCUGCUCCAGGCUCUCCUACAAGGUGUUGUGCAGACUUUUCCCCUCGGGGACGUUUGAGAUUUUCUUUCUUUCUUUCUUACGUUAUAUUACUGCUCCUCGCUCCUUCCAGCAACACUCUCCCCCCACCACCCCGCAAGAUGGACUCUCUCUCUUUCUCCCUCCCUGUGUCUUGUCAGCCUUUAAGAUCGACAUUUUGUAACUAAGAUGCAAACUUGAUGCUGACCAGAAAGAAGAAGGGAAAGCUCUGGGCUUGCUUUAUCUUCCUCGCGACACUCCAUAUUUAACAACCUUCGCUUUCACCCCCAGACCCCAGUGGCCCUGCCUACACUUUGCAUGGUGGGGUAGGUGGCUGGCCGGGUGGGGGUGGCUUGCAGGCGAAUGCUCUCUUUCCCCGUGUGCUGGAGGAAGUCAGGUCUAUAUAAUAUUUCUCUCUCUCUCUUUGGAUUGCGAUGGCGAAAGGAGGUGGGAGGGGGAUCUUAUCAAGAGGGAUCGGGAAAUGGGGACUACCUGAAACUAUGUUGCAACGUCUCGUGUAGACCUGCAGUCUGGGUCUCAGAUUUUGUUUUGGAGAACGGUAUGAUGUUGCUUAAAUUCAUCCACGAAACUGACUAACCGAUUACAUGUGCACAUCGAGGGGCUUCCUUCCUGUUUGAUUCCCAUUUGCAAUUUGAGUUCAACUUUCUCUGUAUUUGCCAUCUUGGGUGUGCUGUUUAAUGGGGGGGGGGACCUGCCCCAGUGAUGAAUCCCCCAUACAGUUUCUUUCACUUGUUCACUCCCAGUGCACUUUAUAAACACUCUGUUGGUUUUGUUUACAGUUUAAACUUGACAGUUUUGUGUGUUUGUGUGUUUUCCUUCUGGAGGCACAAAAUUGCUUCAUAUUUUAAUAAGAACUUACUGUUGGGUGGGUACAAAGGGGGACAAAAGUAAGUUGCAAUUUUGGGAUCCCUCUAGCCUUGCUGCAGUUUUGGGCCAGCUGCAAUAUUGUAAAAUCAUGAUGUGCUGAUGAUAUGCCUCUAUUUGAUACUUUAUAGGUCACUAUCACAUGACAAAGGCUUGGAGACAGCUUCAUUUUCCUCUGCCUGUAAUUUCCAUUUGCCUUCCUGGGUAAGUAUGUAAACUGUACACACACAGAACAAGAUUGAUGUUAGUGAGAUACUGGCUACCCGUCUCUUACAUUCAGAUGUAAGGUGCUUGUUCAGUUUUUAGAUUUCUUAGAGAACAUGUUUUCUUUAGACACAAUCAGGAAAUGUGACAGCAUGCAGUGUUUGUGGGGAAUAGGGGGGCUGUGUUGGUAUGUGGGGUUUGUUAAUCAGGAAAUUAGCAUGUAAAAAUGCCCACGUUGGGCUCCCAAUAUUCGUUUCACUAAGCUGAAUAGUUUUAAUGGGGAGGGGAACCUAAAAAUUGCAAGUAAUAUUUUGUAACAGAAGAUGUAGUAUUUUUGAGAGAUGCAACAGGGUUUAUAAACACUGUCCAAACCUAAGAGUUAAAUCUAAACUCAAUAUUCUGGAAGCAUCUUCAAGGAGUUGGGAACAACAUCCAUAUGACUUUAACAUUUAAGACAUUCUCAGCACAAAUUUAUACCUGUCUACUCCAUUAAAAUUUAGGGAGGAUUAAUCCCAGGAAAGUAUUAAUCCCAGGUAUAGGAUAGCAGCCUCGGUGUUGUAUCACUUUUCUUUGGAAAUUCCUCUUUCCUUCUAUUUAUUUUUCUGCAGUCAUCAAUUUAGGUCAAUUAAAUAGCUAUUAAAUUGUUACUAUUUGCACAAUAAUUUUUUACAGCUGUAGAUGUUUUAGGGGAAUUUUGAAUUAUGUAGAUCUAUUGUGUUCAAAAGAAGAUUAUAGCCAGCAAAAUAUAACUUUAGAAUAAUGAGUGACUGUCCAAAGGCUAUUCUGUUUGAACCUAAUGAUUAUACUAUGUUGUAUUUAUGCACUAACAGUGCAAAACAAAGCAGAACUAUCCUAUGACUUACAACAGAAACAUGUAAUUAAUGGUGGUGGUGGGGAGUAUAAUGGUUUAUCUUUUAUAUUCAGUGUUCAUAAGAAUUGGUGAUUAGUAGCUGUAUUCCAGAAAUAGGUAUUCAGAGGUAGAAACAGUGGGGUCUAUUUCAAGUUUACAGGCUCAAGAAUUACUCCAGAUAACCUUGAUCAUUGAGAAUCCCUAACGAGAGCAUGGAAUGGGUGACCGCCUCACACUGGAACUACUGCAGCCUCUCUGUGUUGACAUUCCAAUCAUAGAGUACGAGAUUGCAUGCCUUGUUAGAAGUUAGGAGAAAGGAAAGCUGUACUCCCACUUCCCUUGCCCAAGGCUUCACAUUUCCUAGCAAAGAUAGUUUUCUUCAAACCUCAGUUAUUAACUCACUGAAUUCACAGGAAUGUAAGUAGUAUCUUGUGUCCUAAAAUGCUGACUUAAAAAAAAUGUUACUCUUCUUGGAAAACUACUUCGUAUGUUAUAGUUCAGUUGGGUCAAAAGUAGGAAAAGUUCAUAGAAACUUGGGGUAGUCCUAAACCCGUCUAAAGUUAGGUUAGGCACAUCCAUUUACUGCAGUAGAUUUACUCUGAGUAGGACUAUUGUUGACUACUACCCUUGCUUAUUAAAACCUAUGGGGACUGAAGUGUGUAUGUGAAGGAGCAAGGGUUUAAUCUGUACACCUCACCACUAAUGGUAAUAAUACCACAUACAGUCGUACCUUGGAAGUCAAUCGGAAGCUGCGGAAGCCCCGUUGGAUGUUCGGCUUCCAAAAAUAGUUCGCAAACUGGAACAGUCACUUCCAGGUUUGCGGUGUUCGGGAUCCAAAAUGUUCAAGAACUAAGCUGUUCGAAAACCAAGGUACGACUGUACUCUGGUGUAGCUUAGUGGCAAAGAGACUAAGUUACGUAUCAGGGAUCUUUCCUCUCACUACUCCUAGGGUAGCUAUUGUCUUCCUUUGGAAAUAGGGAGAUGACCUGCCUUACAGGGUUGGUUGUAAGGGUUGCAGCAAGAUAAUGUAUAUGAAAUACUUUGAACACAAAGUGCUAUGUACAUGCUAACUGUUGUUAUUACCAACAGUAGAUUAGAUUUAAUCAAUAUAUAAAACUAAAACUGGAUGUUUAAAUAAUCCUGCAGUAUAUAAUUAGAUUCUUUGCUUGAAGUUUGGUGGGAUUUUAUAAUGGGGAAGGCUGUUUUUUUUUCUGUGUGUCUGCGUUUUCCCUCUUUUCCUCACUGUUGUGUUAGUGAAGUUUUCAGAGAGGACUGGCUUGGCACUGAAAAUGAUUAUAUGUGUACUAUCUAGCUCUUGAUUGCCAUGCUAAAGGGAUAAGUAUACUUCUGAUUAUUAUGUAUCCUAAAUUAUGUGUGGCUGUCAUAAAACUUUAUAAAGAGACAGUUUAAAGUUUCUUUCUGUUGGAGAGCGGCUCUGAGUAAUGUUAAAAGUGUCACCGGAACCUAAAAAUGAUGAUGUUAAAAAGUCCAUAUAAAAAGAAAAGAAUAAUUGAAUAUCCUUGAAAGAAAGCACUGAAGUAAUUUACUUGGAAACAUAAUAGAAGUGUCUAAAAACUGAAUUUUCUUCAACUUUGUACAUACUCUGUUGAGCUUUUUAGUGUUUGAAUAUAGUUUCUUUCUAAAUAUAUUUGUCUAAUGCAUUAGGUUUUAAGUACACUUUAAUAGCAAAAUCUACAGAUAAAUCCCAAGUGUUGGCUCUGAUCCUGACAACUUUUACAUGCUGUUCCAGUUGGAUAAAUGGACAUGAAUCUGUGUAGGCUUGAAGCCACUGGGUUCAAUCCAAAGAGCGUUAGGCAUGCUUAAGCUCCACUGAAAUCAAAGGGACAUGAGAACAUAGUUACGAAAUGUGCAGGUUGAUUUUAUAUAUGUUUAUUUGGCUGAUUUUACCAGUUAAGUAUGCAUAGGACUGCAUUAUUAAUUUCAUUGGGGAAAGUGUCCCUGAUCUUGUGCCCAUCGGAUAUUAGGGUGGUGGAAUACAUGUCACUCAAGUAUUAAAAUCCAUUACGGUUCAAGUCUAUUAGCAAAUCUGCUAAAAAUCUUUAAAAGAUUGGGCUUUGUACACAAAGCCAUUCUGCCCCCUCAGUAAUGAAUUCCUUUGACAGUCUUAACAGGAGAGCUCUUUCACACCUCUUAAGAGUCAGGGUUACACUCAGUAGUCAGACUUAACGAAACUGGAUAAACUAGCAGGUUAAUGAGUUCAUUUCAACAAAUCAUAAAGAAAGGAGUCAAACAUAAGAUAAUGUAAAACAGUUUGUGAAGCUUUAUACUUUUAAAAAGAAGGUUGGGCUUUCCUUGUCCGCUUGUGGGCCAGCCUUUUGGCAAAUAUGCAUUUGUUAUGUGGAGUGCCAGGAAUUCAAACCCGGGACUAUGUAUGCUACUACUAUGGCAGCUUGUCAGAGGAGGGGUCUGCUAGCUUGUGCUUUGGUACCACUAGUGCUUAUAGGCCAGAAGAAGCUGAAGCAGCCUUUGGGCAACACGAGAGUCCAAUGGAGUUACAUCUCAGACUCUGGCUCUUUAUUCUGAGCAACUUGUUGCUUGAGUCAACACUCUUCUCUCAUACUGAGCCCAGGAGCCUGUUGCUUUGUGUUCUCACUGGCCCGUGCAGAGCUUGCUUUGCCUCUAAACUCCUAAAUCUGAUAAUAAUCCUGUGUCUGUUGCGCAUAUGAAAGAGCUGCAGGGAUCACAGGCAGUCAAUGGAAUAAAUGGAAUCGGUAGAAAAUAAUGUAUAGUUUUUUGUUUUACUGGAUAUGGACAGAAGAGAGCAAUAACCUUACUGUUUUCCAGCUGCUUCACAUAUUUAAAAGGCAGCAUGUUCUGCAAGACUGAAAGUGGAUAGGGAAGAUUGUAGGGGCCUUUUAUACCAGCACAGUACUAUAUAAAAAACGUGUUCCGCUGGUGAAGCCAUCUAUGUAUACUAGUGCAAUAUUUUCCUUUUGAGCAUUGCAAGGCAGUGCAUAACUAUGAUAUGGAUGGAGAAGAUAAGAUGGUACAAAUGAAACAUUGAAGUUAAUGGCACCAAGUGAAAUUAUAUCUCUGUGGACAGGACCAGGAUCCUUCCUUGUUCUGGUGGAAUGUUGCAAACAGAACACAUCAGCAUGAGUAGAGAUAUUUAAACCCCAAAAACUACACACAUGAAGAAUGUACAUAAGGGGCAGUGCUAUAGAACACACCAGUAGCAUAAGAGACUAACGUAAAUAAAUCUUUCCCAAUGACACCAGUUUUCCCAGGGACAGAGCAAGAACAGUGAACAAAAUAGUAGAAUUCAAACUAUCUUUCCUUUAUCGUUGCAGUAAACUUUGGUAGUAAGCUGUAUGUUGUAUUGGUAAUAUCUUCUAGAUUUGAAAGUAGUGUUCUUUAGCUAACAUUCAUUUUAUUCACUCUGGUAUUGUUCCAGCACUUAGCAAACUGGUAUUUAAUUCAGCUAGUGUAUAAACUCAAAUCCGGUAUGUUUCUUCAACAAAAUUUGGAAUAUUGCUGAUUGUUUUAAAGUAACAUGUCAUGUCCAUGUUUUAGGCAUCAUUGGGUAAAAUGUCCUGAGGCUUGGCAGGUAUUAUUACUCUUGCAUACCCAGAGUUCUUCAAACUGUUUUGCAGUUCUGCCAUUUUGCUUUCCUGCAUUCCAUUCUAUCCCAUCUGUUCUUCAGAGAGCUAUAAUUUAUCAUUUUGGAACUUUAUGAACUCCUCAAUUAGAUUGAGCAUUAUUAAUAGCUUUUUAUUAUAUAUAUAUAUAUAUAUAUAUAUAUAUAUAUAUAUAUAUAUAUAUAAUGAUACUUAUUUGUAUAAUGCAGUGGUCUCUGAUAGCUGUCAUCCAGACACUUUUGAGCUUCUUGCUUAUAGAUGAGUGUUGUAUAGCUGACUGCACUUAUCCUUUGCACUUUGUCGUCAUUCUACCUUUGAAACGCCUGUAAGCAGGCAUCCUGAAAGGGAACAGUAGCUCCACUGCUAGAAAAACUGUGUUUCCUGUUUCUGGGGUCUAUAGGCACAUAUUCAGCUUGUCCACUAUUGCUCCCAGAUAUGAUAGCCAUGCAAAGCCUCAGAAGAUUUUCCAUGUCUGGAUUACUGCAAUGCAUUAUAUGUGGGGCUGCUUCUGAAGUCGGUUCUGAAACUUCAGCUGGUGCAGAAUUCAGCAGCCAGGUUACUCACAGGGGCAAGACGGUUUGAGCAUAUGUUCCAAUCCUGCCCCCUGACUACAUGGGCUGGCAAUUAGUUUCUGGGCCCAAUUCAAAGUGCUUGUGUUGACAUAUAAAGCCUUACAUGUCUCAUACCCUCAGUACCUUAAGAAUUGCCUCUUCCCAUAUGAACUGCCCUGGACCCUGCACUUGUCAUCCAAUGUGCUUCUCCAUGUUGCUCCUCCCGAAGAGGUUCGGAGGGUGGCAUCACGAGAGUGGGUCUUUUCAGUGGUAGCUCCCCGUCUGUAGAAUGCUCUCCCCAGAGACGUUCUCCUGGUACCAUCAUUACAUAUCAUUAGGCAUUCAUUCCUCUUUACCCAGGCCUUUGGCCAUAAAAUAAUUACGGCCUGUUAAAGCUGCCGGUGGGGGCUGUUGUUGUUGUUGUUGUUGUUACUACUAUUAAUAAUAUUAUUACUAUUCUGUUGAUCAUUAUUGUGCUCCAUAAAAUGUGUUCUUUUGAUAAAGGGAGGUAUAAAUCGAAUUAACAACAACUUUAAUCAAACAGGUUGCUUACCUUAAACCUGUCAAUAUUGUUACAUUUUAAAAGGAAGUGCAGUAGUUUCAUGGUCCUGCACCUCCAAAUCUGUACUUCAGAUUUGUGCUUUACCAAAUGUGUAGGCAAACAUCAGGCGGGCAUAUUUUUAUGACUCUUAUGGCUCUUCAUGGGUGGAAACCAGAGCAAAUGAGGCUUGUCUCACUGAAAUCAGUGAUACUUAGUACAGUUAAGUAAAUAAAGUUGGUUUCCUAUGUACAUUUCCUUUGAAGGAAAUCUUAUAGAACUCUAUGGGAUUCUGGUGUAUCUUACUUUUCUAGAUUAUGUCCCAUGGGCAUAAAUGCAUAAAUAAUAUCUGCAGAUAUUGGUGUAGGUGGGUAUAACACUCAAAUCAAUAAAUGGACCCUCAGGCAUCUUUGAUGCAUAACUAUUUAAGCAAAUUAUAGUUUAAGCUGUAACAGAGAAGAGAAUGGUGAGAUUUUAGGUCAUGUAAGACUUGUGUCCAAACCCUCUUCCGGCUGUCAAUACGGUAGUUCUGAAAGCUUCAAAGGUGAACUUUGCUAAUAACUGACUUAAUUUGUCAUCGUCCUGCUGUAGGCCUUUUGUGCUCAAUUUAUUGAGCAACUUCAUUGUAAGUCAGCAGAAGCUUCUGAGUGUAAAAAAAAUGAAGAUUCCAUAUCUAGGUUAUUACAGGAGUUUGCAAGUACAGAGCAGUUACUUGAGAAGCUUCGUUCUGUUUCAGAAUGACCCCUAGGGUUAGAAAGUAAAUGCCCUGAGAUGAAUCAAAGGACAAUUGCUUUUAGACAUCACGGAGUUGACCCGGAGGAAAUCCAUAUUUAGACUAAUUUAGGAUAAUUUUCCAGAUGUCUGAAAGCAGCUUUAAAAAAUACAUUUGAAAACAGGCUUUUAUCUCCUUGUAUUACGUAUUGUAUUGCCAAAGUAAAAUAGAGAAUUGUGCUCUUCUGCUGUAUAGUUCGUUGGGCCUUGUAACUGAACAUUUGAUACCUACGAUGCAAAGUGUUUCAUCAGAGAUUUGUAUAAAUCAUUUUGUAAUAAAUAAUUCUUAUAUGGUUUGCACAUAUAUAAAUCAUAUUUAUUUUCUAGUGUUUGUUAUUUGUGCACAUAUAGGGGCUGAGGUGAAACAAAUGUAUGUGUAAUUUUAACUUUUGCUCAUUUCCCCUCUGAUUUUUAUUAUAUAAACAUAUAGAAUACAACAUCUUUGUAUAUAAUUCUCUACCCAUUAUAAUCAACUAACAAAAAUAAACUCAUAAUUCCUGUUUUACAUAUCAUUCAAUACAUAGGGGGAAAAUGCUAUAUUAUUGCAGUUUAUUUCCUAAACCUAUAUUAGUGAUAUCCGGUUCCCUUUUAAUGUACAGAACUUUUGAUAUUCAUUUGGUCAUUUUCCGUUUGCUUACUUUAUUGGGUUGUAUCAUUGCUGUCAAUUUUGUGAUCUAAUUGCUCCCAGAUUUUCAUCACUAGUAAGGAACUAUUGCUACUUAAAUGUGUGACUUGGCUUGAUUUAAACAAUUCAUUGUAUAUUUGAGAAUCUUUCUGGUUAAUUUAUUUAGCCAUUGACCCAGACACAGUCAUUUGGAGUAGACCCAUUGAAAUCAAGAGAAUUGUGUUCAAUAUAUGGUAUUCAACUAAGUUUUACUAGUGAAAUUACGUCCUGUAAUCUCAGUCUGUCUACUUUGCGUAAAACUUACUUGAAUACCACCCAGUAGGCCUAUUUCAACUACUACUAUGUCUGGAUUCAAAUCUAUGGUGUAUUUUUCUUUAAUGACAGUUGCAUCCAAUUGGUAUCCCUCUGUUGACUGACAGAAGGCUCUUAGAACCAAUACAGAUAUCUGUCAGCAGGACAGGGAUUUGAGGUGACCUUCAGCAAUCCCUUCCACCUCUCCCCAGCCCUCCAAAAUCUGUUCUAGAUGGUUAGGGUACCCUUUGCAACACAGUAGGAGGUAUUGUGGGAUGGUACAGAGAGAAAUAUUGCUUUGUUUCUUAUUUUGCCAAUGGAAUAUCCAGCUGGAUCAGAGUCCAUCAGUGGAUGGACUCCAACUGGAUUCAUUCCUACAGUAAGCUAUUAACAGAUAGAAACACCGAAGUGUUAUUUUCUUUUACAGAUUAAAAAAACCCCAGUGCAAAACAACAUUACAGGUCUUCUAGGGAGUUUACAGUGAACUCUAUAAUGGCUUUAAUACUUUAGUUCUAAACAUUUGCACAAGUGAAUACACUUACAGUGUGCCAUUUAUAGUUUCUGAUAUUUUACUGGUGUAGUGGGCAUACUGCAUCUGAUGUAUUUGUAUGACCUGAAAACUCAUGAAGCAGAAACCUUGGGAGAAACUUAAGAUAAGCAGGUCUGGCUCUAGUCUGUGCCUGUAUGAGAGAUAAUCUUAUAUAACUUCCAGGGGUAUAUAUGUAAGGCAGGGUAUAUACACAAUAGUAAGCCAAAUUAAUUGCCUAGUUCUUGGACCAGAGUUGAUUUGUUUUCAUAAAACUCAAAGGAAAUAGGCAGGUUUAAUUAUAACCACUCUACUUUAGAGGUAGCUAACUAAUGGGCCCCAAACAUUUGCCAUAAAGCAACUUUAUUUCCCUGCUCCCUGCAUGCAUCGACAUCAGUCCCAAGCAAAUUUUAAUCAAGGUGCAGUAAAAAUUUGCAUUCACAGUUAACUUGAAAGGAGAAGAUAGGACUGUUCAGCCCUGGACAGGUUGACUGGGAAAUAGAAUGACCCCAGCGAAUGCUCUUCGAGUUUAACUGGUUUGCGGGUCCUAAUUGUGCACCUAAAUGUGAGCAUUCUUUUUAUAAAGCUUUAUUGCCUGGUCACCUGCAGGUAACUAUUACUGUCCACGGGUUACCAAGCAAGUGGCUCUUUCAGGCCUGUACAUGUAGCUAUUUCAGCAUUUGACAUUCUUCCCAAUCUUUAUUCAUUGUCACAAUGAUCAUGUGAUGUGAGUUCUUAGGACCAAACUAUGUGCUAGUUUGCAAACUAAUGCAGACUUGCAGUUAUUAUGUGUUCUUUAAAAACAAUAAAACUGAAAUGGGGAUAGCAAGUAGAUAAAAAUGAUUUAAAAACAAGGAUCCAUAAACUUUUUAAACAUUUUAUUAAAAAGAGAUAAAGUGAUACAGGAAAAAAAGGAGGAAAAGUGAAUAGCAUUCCAUUAACCUGGCAGGACAGUGCUUGCCAGAAAAAGUCGACUGCAGACUGUGAUAGGCCAAACGAGGUGGUCAAACGGAAUUUCAUAAUUUAGGUGCAACUUCAUGCACUUUCGCAUUCCACCCAGUCAGGCCUUAGCUAGCACUAGGGGUCAGGGUGGAGCCUGUCCAACAGUUCAUAAUGGGUGGGCAGGAUUCUGUGGGUGAAGGUGGUCAUUGAAGUAUAUUGGUUUCAAGCCAUUUAGGGUUUUAAAGGCUGCUUGGAAAUUUAAAUUUUGCUUGGAAAUAGAAUGGAAACCAGUGCAGCUUUUGUAAAGUGGCACUUUGAUGCUCCCAAUGGCAAAAGGCUAUCUGUUGCAUUCUUGACUAAUUAUUGGUUUUGGAAACUUUUUUGAGGCAGUUACAGUAGUCUAAUUACAGAAAUCAACAAAUCUCGGGGGGGGGGGGAGAAAUGUAAUACAGUCGUAUCUGGGUUUUCGAACAGCUUAGUUCACGAACAACUUAGAACUCGAACGUCGCAAACCCGGAAGUAGAUUUGCAAACUUUGCCUCGGAAGCCGAAUUGGAACUGCAGCCAAUUGGAAGCAGUGCCUUGGUUUCUGAACGUUUCGGAAGUCAAACAGAUUUCCAGAAUGCAUUCUGUUCGAAAACCAAGGUGCGACUGUAGUUAUUUUGUGACAUUUUGUCUACACAGGUGAUGCAGGCAUAAACACAUUGCUUUAGGGCAGCCUACAACUCCCAUCAUCCCUGACCGUUGUCUAAGCUGACUAGGCAUGAUGGGAGUGGUAGUACAACAGUAUCUGGCAUCAAGCCCUUUCCCCACAAGGUUCUGCUCAGUGGCAACUGCAGCUGAUCCUGCUCACACUGAUGAAUAUUCCCUUAUGAUACAUAUAGUUUCAAGUAUUUAGUAGUAUCUCACUGUAAAUUCCUGCUCUGCAAAUUGUGCAUUGAAGUAUAGACUUUAAAAUGCAAUAUAUGAAGAGGCCCAUUACCUUAGUUGCUUAAAAAAGAUAUACUUUUACUAAAUUUUUAACCUUCAGGCUACAGCUCUGGUGCAUGUUCUUAGCAUAAAAUUAUGUAUCCUAUAGUUCUACAGAAAUAUGAGUUACUUUAAAAGUUAGAUAUAAUUGUGUAAAUGUGUAAAAAAUAAAUUGGAAUAAAUACCGUUAGCAUAAUAACCCAUUCUUACAUACUCUGUUACUUCCUGGUGUGCAGUUUUCUGAGAAGCAGGUUUGCCCCGUGUAUUUGUGUAUGUAUUUGGGUUUUUCUUGAAUCAGUGUUACUGGCUGUGAGUUGUCAGGACCUGCAAUUUAAUAUAAAUUGAGUUUCAGAACCUCUUUUAAUCCAAAAUUCAUUUUAAGACUGUAAAGAAAACAGCUUGGAGUUAUAUUAGAACCAGCAUCUUACUAUUGAUCUGCAGUUUUUCUUGUACAUAUGCCACAAAAAUCUGAUAGCAGUCACAGAUAUGUAUCUAGAUACCAACACACAGAGUUCAUGGGCAUUGUAUACUUUCAAAGUCACUCCUGAGCCAUGCAGUUUUGAAUGUGUUCUCUUUGUUGGAUUUCAUCCUCAUAAGCAUUUGAGGCAUUUUAAGUUUUCCAUUGCACAACCAAUCUAGAAUCACUAUGCUUAAACUUUUUGUAUCGUGAUGUUACGUCCUCAGAAUUAUGAAGCGUAUAAAGCAUGAGAUCUGAAAAACUGAUAGAUUUGUAGUGCAUAUAAUUUGCCUCCUGAUUCUCAGCCUUUCAGUUAUGCUUACCUGCAAAACCGUGAGGCCUAAUGAAUUUUUUUUUUAUUUUGGGGGGGGAGCACACCUCAAAACAAAAUCUGACAUUCUUAAGAUUCCAGCAAGAUUCUCCUUUAUGCUUGAGGGGCUGGUUUAAAGUCUGCAGACCAUAUGUUUCCUAGAUACUGCUUUGAAAGAUAGAUCUGACUCUAAGGCUAGAAAUACUCCAACAAAUGCAAAGUUUAUAAUAAAGAGAAAAGUUGGCAAAAUAUCAUUAUCUUUCAAAAUAUAUUGGCUUUUGCCAGCCUUGCAUUUUGGUGGACCUGUGUAAUAUACCAAGCCAUGCUGCUGACCCAAGAAAACACAGCCUUUAAAGCUGUGCUUUCCACAUCUCUCUCGGUGUGCAUUCAGGGAGCUAGCCUGACUGCAGAAAAGAUGAUGACCAGUACUAAAAUGACAUCCCAACUAGAGAGCACCUUGCCCAAACAUGUUGGCUCAGUGAUUGCUUUAGUUUCUUUUAGGCACUAAGUAAAAACUGAGCAUUUUUACUCAAACUUUUAAUGGAAUAGAAUUAUGCAGUUUAUUAUGUGAGUCGUUAUUAUUAUCUACUGUGAGUUGUUAGUUUUAAUUGCAUCACAUGUCUAAGUGCAAUACACUUCUACACUACAGGCUGGAUCUUGCAUUGACUUUGCAGAGUGUGACACAAUUGUAGAUACCUGGUUGUAAAAAGCUUCCACGAGCACUUAUGGAAAAGUGCUACAACUUAAUUGCCUCCACUCACACCUUUCUGGAUCCUACCCUUUAUAUUUUAUUCUUGCUACACUUUAUACUUAUUCUUAUUAUAAUGUGUGGCACAUGCACAUUGAGGACAACUUGACUGAAAGAUAAGGUAUGAAUCUUUAAGAUGGAUAGAAUGAAAUUUUCCCAAUUAGGGGUUGCUUCGUAAGAUGUUACACAUGUAGGUAUCUGCAUAUAUCAUGGAUGAUAUUAAACUAAGUUUUACUCAGAAUGAAAACAUUGAAAUGAAUGAACAUGACUUAAGUUAGGUCCAUUAAUUUCAGUGGGUCUACACUGACUGAAUACAACUUAAUUGACUACCACCCAGUACAUGAACUUUUUACUCCAGCCUGCUCUUAGUCCUUGCUUCCGAAUUAAGCCCACCCCCCAAUGUUUUGAAGCUGCCCCCCCCCCCCCGAAAUCACUUACUUUUACUGGUUUGACCGUUGCGGCUGACAUUUUUAGGGAAAAAUCAAGGAUUAGUAGAAAGAUUCCCUUAUGCAUUUCUGAAUGUUUAUCGCUUUGGGAGCAAGACAUUUGCAUUGUAGUGUAGAGCACGAUCAGCAGAGCCAAGUAACUUCCUUCAUUAAAUGGAUAAUAUAUAUAAAUAUAGGUGGAUAGGGUAAAUCAGGAGCAGAACAAUGUUUUGUGGGAGAACAAACAAUCUAAAACUUUUUGCACUGGCUAAUUGAUCUGAAAGACUUCAGACUUUGUGGUAAACAUUUUAAAGACUCUGGAGUAACAUAUUUAGAUGGAUUGUUUGGUGGAUAUGCAGUGAGGAGAACACGCGUGGUGGAUAGCUAUCAAUAAUUUUUCAGUAACUGUUUUUUUUUAUUAUUAGCACUGGUGUAUCAGAGAAGUAUGCAUCUUUAGCAUAUAUUUUUUACAAUUUCAGAAAUGUCAUUUACUUUCCACAUGAACAGCAUGGAGGUGGGGACAGUUAAAAAAAGUAAAGAUUUGCAUGUUCAAAAUGCCUAUAAGUUGACAAAUUACCUUCCCACAGACAUGCAUCUGACGCCUUCACUGUACAGCUUUCAGUGAACACUCAAUGUUUACCUGGGCCUUUGACACCUGAGUUGUGCAUCUUCAGGACGCAUGCUAUUCCUGAGACAGUAAUUUGUUUAACUAUUUUUUAUUCUCAAUUUUACAUUGUUGUAACCUGCCCUCUGAUCUGUUGAGGAAGGGUGGGUAAUAAAUAAAUCUCAUAAUACUAUUAAUAAUGUGCUGGAAAAUGUGAGAAGUUACUUUCUUCAAGGUGGUCUUGCGCAGCCUGAUCUAGUAGAUCGAUUUUAGUUGUGGCAGCGUCAGCAAGUGCCUUUUCCCCCCCACAGGAAAACAACAUUCAAACACUGGCAAAUGGGACAUAUCUAUCUGAUACUAGGCUAGGAAAAUUGUUCAAAUGAUUCCUUGCAUCCAUAAGAUCAAUGUAUAAACCCUAGUGGACAUUGACUACUAGGAUCAUUAAUGCUGUAGUAGCACUUAUAUCCUAGUGACAGCACUCUGAAUGGAAUAAAAACUUCAUUAAUAAUAAUAAUAAUAAUAAUAAUAAUAAUUUAUUAUUUGUACCCCGCCCAUCUGGCUGGGUCUCCCCAGCCACCCUGGGCGGCUUCCAACAAAGUAUUAAAAUACAGUGGUCUGUUAAACAACUGCCAAAUAAUAACUAGAAUUUGCCUGCAAGAAUAACUGAUACUGCCCCAUUUUUAUCAAUUACCUAUUCAUUUCUGGGCCUAGUUAAAAAUGUUAGUUUUGAUCUUUUUAAAAUAAUACUUUCAGGCUUGGCUCCUCCCAUUUGACAUGAGAGGCUUGGCUUCAUGUCCCCUGCCAUCUGAGGUAUGGUGGUUUGGCACAUGAUGAAGUAGAGUCUUUUCUCCUGUGACACCUCAGUUGCAGAAUGUUGACCCUGGGGAGGCCAUAUUUCCUCAUGCUGUUGGGCCAUUGCAUUUCCUGAAGUACUUUAGGGAAAAUCAAAGGUGAUGAAGGUGUAAAGCUAUCACUGCUGAUGGAGGGGCUGUUUUUCCUCUAUUUUGGCUGAGCUGGAUAUUUGUGUUUGGUUUUUGCAUAACUUUGGGGUGCGGUGAGUUUUUUAUUUUGUUACAUUUAUGCUGCUUCUGAUUUUGUUGAUUUUGAAUUUUGUUUUGUAUUCAAAUUGGGCAGCAUCUAAUGAUGUUUGUCUGCUUGUAUGGUGGGAAUCAACCUGCACAACAAGACUUCCAAUUUCUCUUCUCUGCCCUCCAGCACCCCCCUCCCCAAAUUUUCCCCAACCCAAAUGGCAAAACCCCCCUAUAAAUAUCUCUAAAAGGAUAAGUCCUGUUUCAACAAUUAUUGUUGACUGCCUUCUAGGCCCUCUGUGUUAGAAAGGUAGGUUAAAUUAUGAAACUAAUAAUGCUAAUAAAUAUAAUAAAUUGUUACAUUUAUUAUAUUUAUUAGCAUUAUUAGUUAAAAAUAACUUAUGUUAUUUUGCUGCAUGUGCACCUUGAAAGUGCAUUUGUGCAGCAACUGCAUUCAGUAGCAGGAAGUAAACAUAGAACAGCCCAUGAUGUUGAUUGCUUUUCUCGCUGCCUGCUUAAAACAUUUAGGCAAGUGUAUCCACACGUGAAGCAGUUAUGUAUGUUCUAUCUCUUUUUAGCUACUGUUGGUUUUAAUAAUCUUUUGAAUGUUUUAAAAUACCUGUUUUUAACCAUUUUUUAAUCAAUAAUUUUGUUUUGUUUUAUAAUUUUGUUAACCACUUGGAUGUUUUCUUAAAAUCAAGUGGUAUGUCAGUUUUGCUAACCAAACAAAUAAUGUAGGCUUUCUGGUAAAGUUUGAAUUGGAAAAUUUUCUGGUGCAGGUUACAAUUAUUUAUUUAUUUUACUUAUAUUUAGUAAACAAAGCUAAAAAAAUUGAAACUACUAAACCCACCUAAUAUUUAUAUGCAUUUGGCAUCCAUACAUGGUUACUAAAAGAAUGUAUGAAAUGGAAAAAAAUCCAUAAAAUAUAAAGCAGUGUAAAAGUCUCUACCCCCCCAAUCCCAGAGUAGAGCUGUGAUGAAACUUGUUUAUUUUAUGCUGGUUUGGGGAUGAGUAUAUAGUACUCUAUCCUAUAAAUCGCUUUGCUGAUGGAACUGAUUCCAUGGUGGCUAUAAUCUUAGGAAAUAAAAUGUAGGUGAACCACCCUGAGACUUUAUGAACAGUAGUAGUAGUAGGUUGUCGUCUGUUUUCUUUUAAAGACUACAGAUUGCAGCACAAUCCAUUACUGAUUUGAGGCAGGUGUACCAAUUAGUGAGCAAAUUAAAUGUUGAUAUUAGAUUUCCAGGUUUCAUGGGAAAUGUAUGUGAUGAAAAAGGAAUGUAAUGAUUGUAAGUAGAAAUCAUCAAAGGUAGAAACAGGAAAAAAUAUCUAUAUGAUGACAUAUUAUUCAUUGUCCUAUGCAAAAAUUGGAAAAAGGACUGCAUCUUGGAGUUGCUUCCAUUUCUUCAAGAUUUCUGGCAGAAUUAAAAGAAAAUCACUUACUAAGCCAUGCAGCUAUUAAAAGCUUAGGUGCACUUGCUAUGGGGGGACUUGGCAGUCCUUGUUCUUUUCAGGAGAUGUUUCUCAAAGCAUAUAUAUCAAGCUAUAUCAGCUAUAAGAAGCUAAGAAGAGGUUUGCUAGAUCAGACAAUGGCUGGUCAGCUGUCCACAAGCAUAAAUAGAAGAUUAUGAAAUCAAAUUCUGUAUUUCCAUCAAAUCCAUGCUUUUUAUUUCAGUUUUAUUACUUUUCUGCCAGACAGUAUUUCAUAUGUAUUUCACAUAGUACUUUACCCUGCUUGUCUUUAUUACUACUGCUGGUAUGUCACUGGUGAUACUCAAUGGCAGUGGUAAUACACCCUUACAGUAAUUAAUGCCAAAAGUACACCAGUGGGAACUGGUUGAGGACUGUAUCCCAUAGUUUGUGAAUAGAAGGUAGCUCAUAAACGGAUUGUUCUCUUUUGACAUAGCCAAGCCAAAUUUACGGAUUUGAGACUAAUGCCAAGUAGCAACUUGUCCAUGGUCUGGCUUGAUCCCGAAACCCAAACCAUGGGGCACCUUUGUACUGUUAAACAUUAUUCUUUUCACAUGUGUUUUACAUACAGGAUUUGGAAGUUUGUGUGAGACUCUGUUGUCAGAGAAAGUAAUAAGCCACAGUUGUCCAUGCAUUGGUAACCCCGGUUGGAUUACUGCAGUUAGAUUACUGCACAAACUUUGCUUCACUCUAUGUGGAACUCUGCGUGGGCUUGAUCCAGAAGUUCCAGCUACUGCAAAAUGUAACAACUAGAUUACUUGUGGGACAAGCUGUCACCAGCAUAUAACACCUUGCUUCUCGGGUUUACACUGGCUGCCAGUUUGCUACUGGGCCAAGUCCAAGGUGUUGCUACUAACAUGUAAAGUCCCUAUAUUGCUCAGGACCAGGUGAGGAAUUAAUCUGUUUAAUCACUGUUUGCAAGUUUUCUAGAAGCAACUAUAUGUGCAAUCUCCCCACUUUCCCCUUUAUUUUCAUUUCCUUUGCUGUUUGCUUGAUUCCAUAUCCUCUCCUUUUGCCACUUUAUCUUCCAAUUUGAUGAAAUUUGGAACAGCACAGUACAGUCAGAGAGACACACUACUCCCAUUGGAGUUGUGUGACUCACACUUCAUAAAAUGCUGUCACCAAUAAGACAUGCAAAAUAGUUUUGAGUCUGCCCAUACUCUCCUGUUUUCUGUAGUGGCACCCAAAGUUUGAGAAACUAUGUCUCAACAAGAAUGUGUAUGCUGUGAUAAGAUUAGUUAGGAGCCACAGGAAUUCCUAACUUCAGCUAGUGUGUUAAGACUAUUUCUCUUAAUUAUCCCACUCACAUUGUUGAUCUUUGUUAUUUACAACAGUUUCUGGCAAUGAAUUCCAAAGAGAAUUUUUGUGUUGUAUGAAAUACACUAAAUGAAUUUAAUUUCACUACGCUUCGGGCCCUUUUGAUACAUCAGUUCAAUGACAUUCAUAACAACAGUAGAAAGAAUUUUCCUAACCUCUAGUUAUAAACAAGAGUUGUUCUGUGAAACUAAAUAUUUAGUUGAGAAAUUGGUGAGAAAUUCUGACAUUAGUGAUAGCCCAGAAGCUGUAUCGGGAGAUUCCUCCCACUCUUGAUUAACUUUUUUACUUGUUACUUUCUCUCUCCCUGAAAUAUAUAAAACAGAGCUGCCUGGAUACUUAGGUGAUGUGCAGAUUUUAAAUUUGGGAAACUAUGUUGAUGCAUCAUUUUUACAUACUUAAUAUCUAACUGGUUGCCAUAUUUAUAUUAAUAUUUAUAAGAUUUUUCUUUUAGCUUCGGGUAACUUGCUUGAGACUUUCUUUUGUUGAUUUUGCUAAACUUACUCCUUGUUCUGCACAAUUGUAUUAUGUGAUACACCAUAGUUGUGCUUAUGGUGUGCAUGAUAAUAGAUAUCAACCUCACUGUGAGGUGUCAGUUAGGCUUAUUGCCGCUACAAUUUUAGGCGCUAAUUACUACUAUUUUACUAUGGACAGAGAUGUUUUUAAAUCUUUAAUGCAAAAAAAAAAAUAAUAUUUAGGAUUAGUGUGUUUUCUUGUUCCAAGCCUGUAAUCCUGUAUACACUUUCUAAGCAAUGAGAUCCCUAUUGAGCACAGCAGAACCUAACUUCUAAGUAAAUGUGUGCAUAGUACUGUGUUAUUAGAGUUCUGCCUCUAGACAUAGAUGAUAUGUGUGGCAUUAGCUGAGUAGACUAUUUUCUAGAACCAUUGAAAAGUGUUGUAUAAGAUCAAACUAAUUAAACAGUAAGCUUAAAUAAAUCUUAAAAACAGGUUGUACCAAGGCUGCUGGGAAAAAGGAAUUUAACAAUGGUUGAUUGUUAUGGGAAUAAACCAUUGUUAUGUUCCUUCUUCCCUGCAGGCCUUGGUGCAACCUGGUACCCGCAAAACACCUAAAAGAGCCUCAUUUGAAUGUCUGCUACCUCCGCCCACAUUCUGCUUUAACACUUAAAGGUAAAGGACCCCUGACAGUUAAGUCCAGUCGCAGACGACUAGGGUUUCAGCGCUCAUCUCUCUUUACAGGCCAAGGGAGCUGGCGUUUGUCCGCAGACAGUUUUUCUGGGUCAUGUGGCCAGCAUGACUAAGCCGCUUCUGGCAAAACCAGAGCAGCACACAGAAACGCCGUUUACUUUCCUGCUGGAGCGGUACCUAUUUAUCUGCUUGCUUUCGAACUGCUAGGUUGGCAGGAGCUGGGACCGAGCAACGGGAGCUCACCCCAUCGGGGGGAUUCAAACCGCCGACCUCUUGAUUGGCAAGCCUGAAAGGCUCAGUGGUUUAGACCACAGCACCACCUGCGUCCAGCCUUAACAAACCUCUCUGCCAUCUAGUCUGAUGAAGGGUCUUAGAAAACAUAAAAACGUAUGCACUAUUUAGCUGCCUUUGCUUUAUGUGUGUCUUAUCCAAAGUUUGCUUGGUGCAUGCACAAAAUUAAGUGAGAUAUAUAUAUAUAUGUAUGUAACCCAAGUCAUGGCUUGCUGCUUGUGAAACUUGCUUUUAAUCAUUAGAACACCUAUUUGAAAGCCCAUAUCCCCACUGUUUCUGUAGUAAAGUGCAGUGCACAGGACUCCAUAGUAGCAUUUUCUAAUCUUGAUUUAAAUUGUGAUAGUUUAGACCAAGCUUCAAACUAGCUAAUGUGACCAGAAAAGUCUUGCUGAAAUCAGUGGGUUAAUAGGUCAUUUUCUGGAGCAAAUGGUUUGCAAUCUUAAAUAAUAGCACCGAACACUUGCCUCAAAAUGUCAUGGUCUCAGUAACUUAAAAGGUUCACACUGAUCUGAAGCCUGCUUCAUAAUCACUAUUCUGCCGGAGUAUAUCUGUUUUAUAUUUCUAGUAAAUAUUUUAACAGUAAAAUUAUUUCCCCCCUGCCUUCCUUUCUGUUCUAGUUCACAUUCUAACAGCUUCUGAGAUGCAUUUUGUAGUAAUAACAACAAUAAUAUCCUCAAUCCAUGCAUGUUAUUCUUCUCAAAGUGAGAUGGAUGGCUCAAGUUGAUAAAAAAAAAAUCCCAUAGCAAACCUGUUUUGCUAUAUGCAGCACAUUCCAAACCACACAGCUUUUGGAGUGAAAUUUCCCACACAGGUCACUUGAUCCACAAAGAGUACCAACUGCCUAGUUGUUUUUUUAAAAAUAAUAAUAAUGAAAUUCAUGCAUUCAAAAAAGAGCAACAGAUUUACAAUUUAGAAAUAUUGUAUAACUAUAUGUAAUAACAUUUUAUUUCUUUCUGCACACAAAACUAUUGCUUGGGAAAGUAUGUUGAGGAUGCUUAAGUUGUGCUUAAUACUGUAGUCUAUAGUUCGUUUAAAUUUGGUUGGAUUUGUAUUCUUGCCUUUAUACUAUGGAAACAUUAGUGGGUUUGCUAUCUAAUGUAGAAGCACAGGGAGGGAAUUCUUCAUUAUUACAAUUCAGAUUUAGGUUACGGUCCGCUUUCAUUUUCUAAGCUCUUCUAGAAAAGUGGAUUGGUGGCAGUGUCAUCCAAAGACGGUUUGUUGUCUGAUGUGAAGGGUAAGAUGCUCCCCCUCUCCUCUGGUUCAGCAUACAGAAGCUGAAGUAAGUUAACAUUUACUUCAGCAAUGACAACACUACUGCACAGCAUAUACUCUACGCUUUGCCUAAGAACAGCAAUCUAGUUUAGGGAAUGCAGAGCAGGCUAGGUAGCACCCACAGCUUUGCUCUUAAAUAACGGGCUGCUUCUCAGUCACUAUUCUACCUGAUGCCUGCCCACUUACACAGAUUCCACAGUGACAGUGUGCAUUUUGUGAGCAAAGCAACAUACACGCUUCCAAUACUUGCUGGAGUGCAUAGCUUGGGCUGUCUUGUCUUUCUACCGGGUCACUUAAUCAGAUGAUGAUGAUUUUACUAUUUGUACCCUGCCCAUCUGACUGGGUUGCCCCAGUAACUCUGGGUGGCUUCAAAAAUAUAUAAAAACAUAAUAAAGCAUACUACAUUAAAAGAGAUCUUUCCCAGGGGGUCUUUCCCAGUUGUGCUGUCAUUGGCAUUCUGGGAGAAGAUGACUAAAUGAGUCAUCCAGCCAUCCCAGGCCAGCAACACACAAGCAGUGCUGCUGGGACGCAGAUUUAAGGGAUGGGGACAGCCAGGAGCAGAGACUCGGGGUGGCGAGGACAGCUGGAGGAUUUCGACCAGGCCCCCUAGCAUCUGCCAGCUGAAGCAGUCAUGUUCUGUCUCGUGGUAGCCUCAGCUUUGAUUCACUGACAAAUCAUGGUUUAUACUAGGAAUGUGCUUACCUCUUACCUCUCUAACAUUUAGUAUGCCAUUUCCGUAGCAUUUUGUCCUUCUUCAAAAGCUACACGACAAGAAAUUGAAACCGAAACAGAGGACAGCCACAAACCUAUCAAAGAGCUUUAAUAAUAUAGCAUGAAAGGAACUAACAACACUGAGAUAAUGCCAUGGGCCUACAUUGUUUUGAAAUCUUUCCGUGGAACAUGUGGGCAUUAUAAAUAGUAGGCCCCAGACUGGUGAGCCUUACCUACAGCAUAGCUGUCAACCUUCCCUUUUUUUGCGGGAAAUUCCCUUAUUCCAGCGCCGCUUCCUGCUGCUAUCCCGGAUUGUUAGAUAUCCCGUAGACUGUCUGCGGGACAGGUGAGGCUGCUGAUCCCUUAUUUUCAAAUCCGAAAGUUGACAGCUAUGCUAUUGAUCCCUUAUUUUCGAGGCUGCUGAUCCCUUAUUUUCAAAUCUGAAAGUUGACAGCUAUGAUCUACAGAGGUUCAUCUCUGUAUCUUUUGAGCAUGUUCAAUUGGAGGGUAAAGACCUACUAGACUUGACAAAACACUAAAGUAGAACUUGGGGAACAAAAGUCCCGAAACUGGCCUUAUGUGCCUGUGUUGUGCCUUAAGCUAUGACUCUUGCCACAUUUAUUCCAGAUCAAAUUAAAUAAUAUAUCAAAUAAUUAAAAUUUGUUGUCCUAAUAUCCCCACAAGGAAGUCAGAAUGCUAGGCAUAUAUUUUUCCCUGCUCUUUCAACCACAGUUCUGUGAGACUGAGAGAAGUGACUGGUCUAAGGUCACCUGGUAAGCCUUGUCGGCAAUCACAAAUGAUAACCUGGGUCUCCCCAGCCUUAAGUCCAACACAUUAACCAGUGCUGUUUUUCUAGAAAAGAGGUGCCAGAACUCACCAUGAGCACUUCCCUUGUUCUAUUACAAUGGCAAUGGUGCCUACCUGAGAGAUGCCAGAACAGAUGAAAAAAAGCCCUGACCACUAUACAUAAGUUUUUCUUUUAAAGUUAGUUAACCACUUAACUUAACCACUUUUGUAGUAUUUUAACUGUAAACAAAGAGAGAAUGAUACUCAUGUUAAUAAAUAUGUGCAGGAACAAAUGUCAAUAAAAAUUGGGGGGGGGGGGAAUAAAAAGAGAAUACUGAUAACAAAACAAACCACCACCAGUCAAAUUCUGGGUACGGUACCUGCAUCUUAAGUUAACAAUAUAAAUUAAUUUAAGCCAACCAGAUGUCCAAAUAGGUAUCCAUACAAAACUAAUGUAUAUAUUUGUUUAAAUGUAACCAGAGCAGUGAGGUCCUCAGACCAUUGUAUAAUAAAUGGUUGGUAUUUAUCCUUCCAGGCUCACAAUCUAUAAGUCUCUUAGCAACCAUAAGGGCUCAAAAAGCCCACUUUUGUUGUCCUGCUGUUAUUCCUCAUACCACAGGAAUAUAAUUUAGAAGUAAAUGAACAUCUGCAAAUAUCAAUGAUUUUGCCCUCCCCCCAAACUGAUGUGGAUAACAACUUCAGUCCAAAGAGAAUAUCAUAUGCCUCAAUGAGGAACUGCAGUUUAUAUCAAGUCAUCCUCCGCGCAGGUUAACUUCAUUUAUUUUGAGAUAACAUAUACAAAGUAAAACUGCAGAAAUUGCACAGUUUAAGAACAUGGUAUAAUGUAGCACACCAAACAGACAAGAUGACAACAACAACAAAAAUAAAAAACAUAACCAGUUAAACAAUCCAAAUAGCAAUAAGGAAAGUUAAGUAAUGGGUGGGGUGGAGAGGGUGGGAUAGGAGAUCAAGUUAUCAUAACAGAGUCCCUCUAAAGGCAGUUUUGAGAUUGCGGAGGGGCUAGUCCCACUUCUACUGUAUUAAUUAAAAAAGGAAGGGGAAUCAAAUAGAUUUGAAUAUUUGUGAUGGUUUUGGAGUUUGUACACCAAGGACUGUGUGUAUAUAUUCCUUACUUUGAUAUUGCAGUGUUCUGUCUAAUAUGGCCCAUGAUGGUCACUUGAAAGCAGUGGUUGCUGUGCUCUUGAAGUGCACUGACCACAUUAUUGACAGAUAUACUAUUCAUUCUAGAACUGAGUUCAGGGGAAACUGCUUCUGCCUGAAACAUUGAGGGAGCCCAGUCUUUUUUAACAUUUACAUUGCUGGUAGGUAUAUGUAUAGAGAGCAAAGCAAGAGGAAGCCAGGCUCAUCCAGUAGUAGAAGGGGGGAAAUCAGCAGCUAUUUUUAGGUACAUUUGGAUGCAACCUAGGUGAAGAAAACAUGGUAUUCAGAACAUAUGCCAAAUGAUCAUAGAUUUCCAGAUUUCAAACUCAAUUUAUUUGCAGUCAGAUACCUAAAAUGCACAAGAGAAUAACCAUAUAACUUAAUGAGAUAUCCACAUUUGUGAAACCAUGACAUUGUUACACAUAGCACAGUUUUGGUAGUCUUUUCUCCUGCACUGAUUGUAAUUUCAAGUAACCCAAUUUCAAAUCUGUUGACUUUGGAAGAAACUGAAAACUUCCCAAUAUUAUUAGCAGGUGUGAUUUGCACAGAAGGUACUGCUAAGAUAACUGCACAGAGACAGAAACAGUAGACAUUUAUUUUACAAAGAAGUAGAAAGGGAUUUGUGGGCUCAAGACUUGUUCCUGUAGUGUUAAAUCAUAGUUUGCCAUUAUGUCUGGACCAUCUACUGAGGUUGGGUGAUGUUGUUCCGGGGGGGGGGGGGGAGUAAUUUAUUAUUAUGUUCUGAUAUUUAAAUAUGUCGUUUUUAUAGUUGGAUAUAUGUGCCUGCAUCUGAAAAAAAAAUAUGUAAGGGAUAAGCGAGAAGCCAAUUAGAUACAAUUGAUAGUAUCAAUUUAUUGAUAGCAUCAACAUAUUGGGAGAACCUUCUUAUAGACAAAAUAUGGGAAGACAUUAAGAUUCUCAUCUUAAUAUCCUUAGCUAUGCAUGGAAAGUCUCAUUGAAGUUAAUGGGCUAAAACACAUAAAAAUUAGUGCAGAGCUGCAUCCUGAAUGAAUAAUUGAUCAUUGUCAAUUUCCUGUACAAGUGUUCACUGAGGGGAGAGAAAAUUUCAUGCCUGUGAAAACAGAUCUUUCAUUAAUACCCAAAAGCCAGAGAGAACUUAUAGAGGGUUUUUGGGUGUCCCCCCCCCCUCGCUAGGACCAGUUGAAAGUUGCAGUAAUAUACAUGGCAAUGACCUGGUUCACACUUCACAUUAACACAUAAGCUAAACUAUUGCUUAUUUUACAAUUCUGCUUCUGCCACACAAUGAAUGAAGCAAGCCUGAGUCUGUCUCAUCACCUUAUCAAACCUAGGCUUGUGGCUUUACCCCUCCAUACAAACAUUGAGAAACAAGCCAAAAAUGAACUUUAGUUACUGCUCAGAGUUUAUUUGGAGAGAGAGAGAGAGAAACAAGCUUGGAUUCUAGACAACACAAGCCAGACUGGCUUGCGAUGUCUGGUGUAGCAUCAUCAAGAGGGGUUGGGGAUGCCACAGAAACUUUAGAGCAGCAUGUUCCAGUACUCAGCUCAUUCCCGUUAAAUCAUAGUUUGCUUUCAACCAAGGUUUAAUGUGGUAUGCAAAACUUAUGUCAUUUUGUAAUUUCAGAACUUAUUCAUUCUUUAUUGCUUGGCAUAAUGGUGUGCUUCAAACAAAGGGCAAUAUAUUUAAAAUCUUUACAUUAGGUGUUGCUAAUUGGGAUUUCCCCACAAAUACCUGUGAAAUUAUCAUGUUUUCAGCUUCGUGUUUAAGGAUGUUUUGAUGUCCACAAGAAUACUGGAUCUGAAUAUGCACACGUUUCUUGAUACAAAAGUGGCAAACAAACUUGAACAUAUUGUAAAGUGUAGAAACGUCUUACGCAUUCAUAACUCCAGGUGUUGUUAUAUGGCUGUGUCAGGGACAAGUGGCAAAUAAGGUCUGGGAUGUCUGGAAGGCUCAGUUUCUGAAUCCAACAGAAAUAUCAGUCUAUAUUGAAAAGCUUUGCCUCAUUUGUGCAAUUCAUUUUAGCCUACGGCAAUUGAAAAUAAAGCUAUAAUUUUUCACAAGAGUCUAUUUUGACAUGAAACUGCCUUCAGAGCAUAAAUGAAACUUGUGAACUUGUAAGCUUUUGUUUUCCUUUGGUACAUAUAUUCUGUUUAAAUUAUUUCAAGGAUAAUUAUGUAUUUAAUUAUGAAGGAACUUGCAUACUGGGUGUCACUAGUGAUUUAUGCAGUGCAAUAUCCGGCCCAUAGCAUCAGUAAGUGCUAAAUGCCCCAGAGAAGGAAACCAGGGCACAUAGGAAAUGACACAUGCCCUGUUAUUCACUUCCAGCUUCUGGCAGUCAGAUCUUUGGGGAUACUUUCAGAAUAAGUGCACAUUAUGCCUGAUAAUUAUUUGAGUGUUCCAGGAAUUCGUCUAAUCCCUUUCUGGCUCCCAGUUACAAUUUUACUGAUCAUGGUAUCCUAGAGCAAUGAGUUCCACAGGUUAAUUUGUACAUUCUGUACAAAAGUAUUAUUGUUUUGCACCAGCUACUUUAUUGAUUUAAUUUCUUCCAGAAACAAAUCUAUUGACCUUUACCUUAAACUUUUACAACUCUCGUAUGAAAGUUUUUACAUAGGCCUAUUAAUAUAGCAACAACAAACAUGUUUAUGCUGGUUGGGGAAGAAUUCCACACUGUGUUUAAAAUAAAAGGGCACUCUGGAUUAACAAGUGGUGUGUUUCACAUUUCAAAAUAUUUCAUAAAAUGUAUUGUUUGUACAAAUCUAGUGCUUCACCAUGAGAUAUCAUUACCAAUGACAUUUUUAAUAAGCAGUGACCACUACUAAAGUAUUAACACCAUGGUGUAUUUAUUAUAAUCAACCUAUAAAUUUCUAUUUAGAGCUUAUUCACUUAGAGUAGCUUGCGUAUAUACAGAUGUAUAACCUUUAUCAGAAAGGUGGGUUAUACAUCUGUAAGCCUACAUUUCCAAGUAUAAUUAAAGAACAUGUGGAAAACUCUGUUGGAAGGAAUCCCAAAAUUCAUCCUUUUGUAUAUAGCCCUUAAGGGCAUCCCUUAUUUAAUAUACUGUAAUCAUAUUUGAAAGAGUUGUCCCCUGUUUCAAAUCACUGUCCACAGGACAUUAAAGAUUCUCCUGGUGGCAGGUGACCGCAGGUGACAGGCAGUUCCACGUUGUCCAUUAUAAUUGUAUUGAUAAAGCAGAAAACUCACUUGAUUGUGCAGAGGAGGUCAUUUAUGUGGCAGAGGGAAUGAAUAAAUAAUUACAUUGACAAAAGAGGCAAAGGAAUGACUUAUCUUUGGUAUUUAAAGAAUGCUAACUAACUUGCUUCCCAAGAGAUGUGGACACGUAUUUUCCAAAUACUGUCAAGUCUCUUGGUGAUUCCGAAAGUCUCAAUCCAUUCUGAUGUUUGCAUCAGAAGCAUUGUGUGCACCUAACCACAAGUAGAUCACCUAUUAGCACCAGGGGAGCAGAGAGUGGGAUCUGGCUUGAUUCCCCACUCCCCUAAGUAUGAUGUAAUUAUUAGAUUAGCUGUGUUUAGGCAUUUAAACUCUGCCCCUAAUAACCCCUGGUGUGUGGGAUUCCCUUCAGAUUUUUGCACAAUAUUGCAUUUCUUCUACUUGAUUUUGGGCGAUUUUCCUCCUUCCCCCACCCACACUGCAGCAAAAGGAAAAAAGGGGGGGGGGUAGAGAAGGGAAAGAUCCAUUGCACAAGCCACUUUCCACUUUGAUGUGCACAUGAGUACACACAACCACAUAUUGUUUUUUCUGUUUCAUAUGGCAUAUUCACCUAGUAGCAUCUGUGUUUCCAAAUAAUCUACUCUAGAUAAUGCACUGGUGUAUCAUUUAAAAAAGGAAUCAAUAUAGUGCUCAGUAUGCCAAAGUCUUGAAGCAUAUCUAGUUGGGGGAUUAUGUGAUUUUUUUUUCAGUGGAUAUAGUUCAGUUGUCUACAAAUUAAGUAACUUUUAAUAUCCAUCUAGAGUCAAAGUUUAAAUUGUUGUACUGGGCUUUCUUUGAAAUCACAAAUGCAUCUGAAAUUCUCUUCUCUAUAUAGGUCUUAGAUCAACAGUGAUGAAUUCAGCAGCAAAACUGGUUCACACGGUCACUUGAAGUCAUUACCUUGUUAGGUGUAGAUUCUGGAAUAUUUGGCAGUGAAGCUAGUUUUUGUGAUAUUAAUAAAAAAAUAAGUAUUUCAUCUAAGAGCAUGAACUUGGCAUUUUGAAGUAUCAGAGUGAAGAGUUGGCAUAGCCGCAAACUCAUCUGAUUGCCCUAAGGCAGGCCACUAUUUCAGUCUCUAGUCUCAGCCCUCCAGUUAUAGUGUGAGGCAAAAUAGCGCUGACCUAAUUUACAAAUUGUUUUAAGAGCUGCCAAAAUAAUGUAAAUGUUGAGGACUCCAGCUCCCAUUCAUCCCAGCCAGUCACGAAUGCUGGAAGUUGCAGUGUAGCAGCGUUUGGAGUCAUAGUUUCCCCAUCCCUAGCCUAAAGUCACCAAGUGAACUCAUGGCAGAGAUUAAAUUUAAUCCACAGGUUUGCGCCCGUGUGCGCGCGCACACACACAAGUUUUUGGUUUCGUUUUGUUGUAUUCAAUUGUUUUUUCUUUUCCUUUUUUUUUGCUGAGGAAUUUUUUUGUGGGGGUCUGGCCUGCUUUUUUAAAAAUCAAUGUUUUAUGUGCUUUGGGAUAUGUGUAGGUGUUCCACAGGGUGUUUUUUUUGGGGGGGGAGGACAUAGUUUAGAGCAUCAUCAGCUUUCCACGUCCUGUGAAAUAGGUAUUUGAUGCUGACCACAACAGUUUAUUAAAUUUCUGUAUAUGCCCUCAAGCUGCUGUAAUUAUCCUAUAAAAAUGAAUUGUAGUUAAAAAACCCCACCAAAUAAUAUGAUUCCUCAAAAUAUUUUUUGAGAUUCAAAAUUUUCGAGUAGGUACUCUGGUGUUUUAAGUUUCCUGCCAAAUUAGCUGCUUCUUCCCUUAUGCUUUGAACCGAGCCUUCAUUACUAUUGCUUAUGGUACUUAGUUUAAUGUUUACUUCUAAAAAUGGUUUGUCCCAUUUGCUAUGGUGGUAUUUAACUAACAAUGGGCACUGUUGUGCAGGAAGUUCUCCUGUUGAAAUAAAUACUGAAUGCAUAAGGGCAGCAAUUAGUCAGUUAAAUAUGCGAUCAUCAGGCUGGGGUAUCCAGUGGUCCCAAGGAUAGUUAUUUAUAGUUUGAAUUAAAUAAUCUUCUAUUUAUUUUCAUCUGUACAGGAACUGUAAUAAUAAAAUCAGAAACCACAAUACAGUGAUACCUUAGUUCUCAAACUUAAUCUGUUCCAGAAGUCUGUCCGACUCCUGAAAUGUUUGAAAACCAAGGUGUGGCUUCUGAUUGGCUGCAGGAGCUUCCUGAACUCAAGUGGAAGCUGGAUUGGAUGUUUGGCUUCCAAAAAACGUUUGAAAACCAGAACACUUAUGGGUUUUCAGCAUUCGGGAGCCAAUUUGUUCGUCAACUAAGCCGUUGGAGAACCAAGCUUCCACUGUACUAGCUAUUAACUAUGUUUGACCAAGAUGAAUGUGAAAAUAUAAUCAAAUCAUCUUCAGUAUCAUAGGUUAUAGUCAACUUACUUAAGAAAUGAGUAAUAUAUGAUAGUAUGGCCAUUAUUUGUGAUCGGUCUUUUGGCAUUCCACAGCUCUGUUUACUGAAACUGAAGAUCACUUCAGUGCAUCUAUAUGUGUGCAUUUAUAUGUGUGCAUAUAUGUGUAUGUGUGCAUCUAUAAAAACUCUUUGUUUAGAAACUGACGACUCUGAUCAAAAUGGUAAUGGAUCUCAUUUUUGUUUAAUGGCUGAAUCAGUCAUGUGUAGAGCCAAAAUGAUGCCCUCCAGGUGUUUUGGUCUGAAACUCUAUCAGCUUCAGCCAGCAUGGCCAGUGGUCAAGGAUUAUGGGAAUUGUAGUCCAGCAACAUCUGGAAACCUCCCAUCUUGGGUUUCCUUGCUGUAGACAAGGGCCAUUUCAUGGAUUACAUUUUACAGUGAACUCUGUUAUACAGGCAACUCCCGUUUUAGGCGCAUCCAAUAUGUGUGUGAUUGCACACACUCACACAGCGCUAAACCUGGAAGUAACUUGGAAACAUCAUAAAAGACAUCACUAAAAGGGCAGGGACAGAACAGGAACGGAAAGAGGUGUCUCACUUGCAUGUGAUUUCAUGCAAAUGCUCAAUGUCCCAGAACACAAACCCCAUGCGAAUCGGGGGUUGCCUAUACAGUGGUGCCUCGCAAGACGAAAUUAAUCCGUUCCGCGAGUCUCUUUGUCUAGCGGUUUUUUCGUCUUGCGAAGCAACCCUAUUAGCGGAUUAGCGCUAUUAGCGGUUUAGCGGCUAUUAAAGGCUUAGCGGCUUAGCGGCUAAAAGGCUAUUAGCGGCUUAGCGGCUUAGAAAAAGGGGGGGAAGCGAAAAAAAUCGCAAGACUCGCAAGACUUUUUCGUUUUGCGAAGCAAGCCCAUAGGGAAAUUCGUCUUGCGAAGCGCAUCGAAAAACGGAAAACCCUUUCGUCUAGCGGGUUUUUCGUCUUGCGAGGCAUUCGUCUUGCGGGGCACCACUGUACAGGCUUAAAAUGUGUUUUAUAGUUGUCUGUGCAUUUAUUAAAGCACGUGUUUUGAAGUAUGAUAGACCCCUACACACUCCUGGAACUUCUUGAUGAACUGUGACAACCAGCAGGAAAAACCAAUAUAGGAAAACUCAUUUUUCCUUGAAGUGCCCCCAAGAGGGUUUAAAAAAAAAGAAUUUUGAGCUAUUCACCUUGCAACCUGUUUCAAAUCUCUCUGUUUUGGGAGGUAACAUUAGUGUCAACUAGGGGUAGAUCCUUUUCUGUUGUGGCACCCACCCUAAAGAGUACAUUGUUAAGUGAGGUUUUCAGGCCUUAAGACUAUACUGCUUUAGGCAGUUGGUGAAGACCCGGCUUUGGGAAAAAAAGGUUUUUGGUUAAUUUGGUAAUUUUUGCUAUGUCAGUUCCAUUUUCCUCUUGUGUUGCUAGAAUUUGUUAAACAAGUUGGAUAUUGUUAAAAGUAUUAAUUGGAUUUUUAAAAAUGAUUGUUGGUUCUAUUCUGUUUUUACCAAUAUUUGCUAGCUGCCUUGAGUUUAUUUGGAGAAUAGUUUGGAUAGAUUUAAAAAAUCAAUAAAUCACAGGUCAACUUACUAUAUUGUAUUAUCAAGUACAAAUGAAUCAAAUAGUGAGAUCAUCCAAGGCAAAUGUUUAUUCAGGUGCAAAAAACCUCAAGUAAAAUUAUUCUCUGAAGGUGAAAUGACCUGAUUUUUAUAGUGAAGUCAGAACUAAUAGGAUUAUUCUAGUUUCUGUUUUACUUCUAAGUAAGAAAAAUAAGAUGGACAGGUUGCUCUAGAGACACCUGUACUAUGAUGGAAACAAAAAUAUAGAUAAUUGUGUAUUGAAUAUGAUGCUUGGAAUAGUGCAAGAAAUUCAGAAAAAUUGGCCCUGUUUCCCAGGUGGGCAAAAUCCAUAGCUGUCAACAUUUCCCUUUUUUUAAAGGGAAAUUCCCUUAUUCUGAAUAGGAUUCCUUGCAAGAAAAGGGAAAAGUUGACAGCUCUGGCAAAAUCUGAUCAUCUAGAAUUUGGAAUUGAUUGGGCCGCUUUUUGAGUGUGUGCUGUACAUAGUGAUAAACAAAUGUCUAGACUUUCUGUAUGUGGAGGACAUUCUAACAGGCUUCUUUACAUAUAGCAGCCCUUCCAGAGGUGGAGUUUUUGUCACAUCUGUCUUGAACCUCCCAGUGGGUCCGUAUGUGUUUCCCUUGCUCUUUCUGCUCACCUGUCCACUGCCCAUACUUCUUGGCUGUUUCCAGUACCAUCCUUCUUGCAGUGUGUGACCCCAAAAUUUGCCAAAUAAACUCUUAAGACAUAUUAAAUCUUGGAAUCAUAAUAUACCAAUGUCAAUAUAGCUAGUCAUGUUCACCCAUAAUAUUUAGCUAGUCUAAUAAAAGAUGUCAUUAAUUAUUUCUGUCCUAAAACAAAACAACAACAAUAAUCUUCUCUGUGCUCUACCAAUGUAUAAUGUGCAUUUGGUAUGAACAGAGGGAGAGGCUUUCACAUCUAGUCUAUAUUUCUUCUAGUUUUUCUUAAUUUCUUUUAUAUUUUUGGUGUGCUAGUUUUAAUGUUUUAAUGUGUUGGUUUUUUGCUUAGAAAAUUGUUUUUUGCUUAGAAUAUUGUAAGUUGCAUGUGGCAAAAAAGGACUAAUAGGAUAAUAAUGAUAAUGGAUUUUCAGUACAAGCCUUCUGGACCUCACUUCAGUUGAGAAAGAAGCAUUCCUUAAAAGAGGAGAGACCAUUAAAUCUUGACUCAUGUUUGAAAAUAUCACAGAAUGUGUGCUAUUCUUAUAUGUCUAUUUAGUUUGAAAAUAGGAGCGGUACCUAUUUAUCUACUUGCACUUUGACAUGCUUUCAGACUGCUAGGUUGGCAGGAGCAGGGACUGAGCAUCAGAAGCUCACCCCAUCGCGGGGAUUCGAACCGCCGACCUUUUGAUCAGCAAGCCCUGGGCUCAGUGGUUUAACCCACAGUGCCACCCAUUGUUGGUACAUAUUGCUAAAAACGAAGAGAUCAUAGGCAUGCUACUGUAAUUACAUCUUCAGAUGUUUUAGAAUAUUUAUUGUGAUGCAUCUUGUGUAAUAAGAAAAAACCCAAUCUAGAUCUUAUAUUCAUUUACAUUUCAAAUUAAGUGAUGUUUAAUAUUGCCCACAUACUCAACUGAUUUAUAAUAAACAAAUAUUUCAGUUUGGGGAAAAACUUGGCUUUGAUUCUCAACAAGUUAACCAUUUAUUUAUGUUUGUUAUAAUUAUUCAUUGCUGCCGUAAACUCUUGUUUUCUGCAAAAUAUGCUGGUAUGUUUUGAAAGCAACCACGCUACUGUCCACUUAAUUCCAAUCCUUUUUAAACCAAGUUUUAUAUUGUACAUAUUACCUCCGUAUAGAAAUAAAUGUUAAAGGGUAUGUUUGAAUCAACAGUGUCUUAGAAAUUGCUAGUUUUAAAAAUGAGCUUUUGGUGAAAAAGCGGAGAGAGAUUAUUGACUUUUGAAUAUAUUUUUGCAAAUUUUAGGAGGCGAAAUUAA